AUGGAUAUUAUGAAGAUGUAGUAAAGAACUCUUGUUUGGAAUGCGAUAAAACAUGCUUAAUUUGUUUUUGAAUCUAUCAAAUUGAGCACAAUGUGAUUCAAGUCUGAACCUAACACUGAAUUAGUAAAAUUUAUGCAAUUAUAAAUCAGGUUACUUUUUUAAUCUCUUUACCUAAUAAUGCUAAGGUAUUAUUGAUAUGUAAUUUAAGUUUGCCACUUCAGUUGUACUGAAUGUUCAACUUAAACUUAAUGUUUAACUUGUGAAGUUAUUACUAGAUAUUUUGAUAGUGAUACUUCACAAUGUAUUUGUAAGGAUGGCUUCUACGAAUGAAAUCAAAAAUCAUGUUUAUGUAAUAAUAAUAAUUAAAAUUAUAGAAUGUCAAAGUAGUUGUAAAACAUUUUAGAUUUAAUCAAACAAAUGUUUAACUUGUGAUACAUCUAAUUUUCAAUAUUUUUAAAUGAAUUCAUGCCCCUUGGAUGCAUAUUAUGAUGUUGGAAUUGAAAUGUGUCAAAAAUGCAGCCAAAUUUGUAAAACUUGCUCAAUAUGCUCAACAAAAUGUUAAUCCUGUUUCCCAAAUCAUCUUCGUGCAGUAAAUCAAAAUGAUUGUACUUUCAUUUAUGGCUAAUUGAUAAUGUAUCAUUGAUAUGUCAAAGUAUUUAUGAGAUAUUAAAUUAGAAUGCUCAAAUUCUUGUUAAACUUGGAAAAAUCAAAAGGAUUAUUGUACUAGUUGUGAUGUGAAUUAAAGUAGAUUAAAUUAAUCUAUUAUUCAUAAAUGUCCUGGUCUAACUGAUUUUUAUUAGGAUUCUAAUGAAAUUUGCUAAAGUAAUCAUUUUCAUAUUAUUCAGAAUGUCAUAUUAAAUGUUCUGGAUGUGUGAAUGAAAGAAAUAAUUGCUUAAGCUGCAAAUAUCUCCAAGGUUCCAAUAGAAUAACUAUUUCAAAUUAAUGUAAUUGUAAAGAUGGAUAUUAUGACGAUGAUUUCUAAAUUAUUUGUAAUAAAUGUGAUAGUCGUUGA